CGAACGCUACAUUUACCUUUCCCCGCUUUCCCCUUCCAAUUCAUAUUUCCAAAGAGAAAUCCCAACCGAUCCAAAUGGAGACGGUGGAGGAGCAGGUGGAAGAGUAUAGCUGGAGGGAGGUGCUGCUUCCACAUCUGAUUCCAGUGGCCCAAUCGCCGGAGCUGGAGCGGGAGCCUGCCGGAGAACGGAGGCGAGGCCGCGACAUACUGAUCGCCAUUGAUCAUGGCCAUAAUAGCAGACACGCUUUCAAUUGGGUGCUCGCUCAUCUUUGUCGCCUCGCUGAUACGAUCCAUCUCGUUCACGCCGUUUCCAAUGUGCAGAAUGAAGUGGUGUAUGAGAAGAGCAGGGAGCUGAUGGAGCGGCUGGCGGUGGAGGCCCUACAAACUGUCCUGGUGAGGACAGUUGCUCGAAUAGUUGAAGGCGAUCCAGGGAAGGUCAUCUGCAGGGAGGCCGAUCGUCUCAAACCCGCCGCUGUCGUUCUCGGAACUCGUGGAAGGGGCAUCAUUAAAAGUGUCUUAAAGGGCAGCGUCAGUGAAUACUGCUUCCACAACUGCAAGUCGGCACCGGUUGUCAUCGUCCCAGGAAAAGAUGUCGGUGAGGCUUCGGUGAUCUAAGAUGGAAGGAUGGUUUCGGAUGCGAUGAUCUAUAUUUGUAAACAAAAUGUUUUCCGUUUUGCUCAAAAACAUUUCCAAUGCAUUUUCAUUUUCUUGUAUUCAAACUCUUUACAUUUUCAGCUGAACUAUGAUUUCAUUAAAGUAGACGAGUUUUAAAAA